GACAUUCCUAAUUCCUACUCUACCAUUUUAGUUCAAGUUUUGACUAAUCCUACAUAAGACCACAGCACAUAAUUGAUGAACAACACAGAAAAAUAGAAAGAGAUGCCUGAGUUUUGUGUCACAGGAGGCACUGGCUUCAUAGCAGCUUACCUUGUUAAAGCCUUGUUAGAUAAGGGUCACACAGUUAGGACUACAGUAAGAAAUCCAGAUGAUUUGGAGAAGGUUGGUUAUCUGACUAAACUAAGUGGAGAUAAAGAGAGGUUGAAGAUUUUGAAAGCAGAUCUGUUGGUGGAAGGGAGUUUUGAUGAGGCAGUGAGUGGUGUUGAUGGUGUGUUUCAUACAGCAUCUCCUGUGAUUGUUCCAUAUGAUGACAACAUUCAGGCUACUUUGAUUGAUCCAUGUAUUAAAGGAACUCAGAAUGUGCUGAACUCUUGUAUCAAAGCAAAUGUGAAACGUGUGGUGCUAACAUCUUCUUGCUCUUCGAUAAGAUACCGUGACGAUGCGCAACAAGUUUCUCCUCUUAAUGAGUCUCAUUGGAGUGAUCCAGAAUACUGCAAACGCCAUAACCUGUGGUAUGCAUAUGCAAAGACUUUGGGAGAAAGAGAGGCUUGGAGGAUUGCAAAGGAAAGUGGGAUUGAUCUUGUGGUAGUUAACCCUUCUUUUGUUGUUGGUCCACUUCUUGCACCACAACCAGCCAGUACAUUGCUCAUGAUACUAGGCAUCAUCAAAGGUUUGAAAGGAAAUUACCCAAACACCACGGUGGGCUUUGUCCAUAUCGAUGACGUGAUUUCUGCCCACUUAUUGGCUAUGGAGGAGCCCAAAGCAUCUGGCAGGCUUAUUUGUUCAAGUACAGUAGCCCACUGGUCUCAAAUCAUCCAAAUGCUUCAGGCCAAAUAUCCUUCCUAUCCAUACGAAACCAAGUGUAGCGGCCAGGAAGGAGAUAAUAAUACUCAUAGCAUGGACACUACGAAAAUCACUGAAUUGGGUUUUCCUCAAUUCAAAAGCCUUGAACAAAUGUUUGAUGACUGCAUCAAAAGCUUUCAAGACAAAGGCUUCCUGUGAGAUCCAUAACAUGAUCUCAGGUACCUUUUGUGUUCGUGUGAGGUGUUUGUACCAUGUGCACUUUAAACUAAGGCUGACAUAUGUACCAAAAUAAGAAUUAAUUAAACAUUCUAGUCCUUGAUCUAUGAAGAGGAUAAGUUUUAUUGCUUUCUUUCUUUA